AACAAAAGUGAAAGUAGAUGGGGAUUUCUGGAAAAUAUUCACAUUCCACCACAACAUGGAAAACGAUUUACGAGAAAGAAUCAAAUUCUUAUUGCCAGAGUUUCAAAAAUUUCUAAAGCCAACUGAUGUACUUUUCAAUAUACAGGGCUUGUCAGUGGAGCUCCAAGAAAAAAUUUGGGAAAAUGAAAAAAGAAGUCGAACAGAAGCUGUUGCAUUACUGAUAAAUGCAGUAUCUGUAAAUGAAAACUUGACAGCGAAAUUUGUAGUGGCUUUAUCUGAUGAAGGUUAUCAAAGAUUCAUUGAUCUUAUUAAUAAAGAAUAUCCAGACAAGGGAGACAAGUUUUGUCAGGAUUACUAUGAAUUUUUAAUUUGUUAUAUGAAGGGAGAUCUUCUUGAAAGAAUAGAACCAAUGGAUAUCUGUGGGUUUUUAUACCAGAAUAAAUGCAUUGAACUGAGUGAUAUGGAGACUAUAAGAUCAGAAUGCGAUUCUCAUGGAAAAUUUCAAGCAGUUCAAGAACUGUUUUUCUUAAUGCAAAGACGAAGGGAUGAUUGGCCAAGUCUUUUUUUGGAAGCUUUGAAAGAAUCUGGAAGAGAAGAUAUAAAAGCUAAGAUGGACCCAGGAGCAUCACCAGAAGAACUUGAGAGAACUGGUGUUACUGUUGGCAUGGUUGGUUCACAGCAAAAUCAAGAUGUAUCUAUCACAGAAAUUUAUUCUAGAACCUCUGAUGACCAAACAGCUGAAAAAAGGGUCUUGACACCAGAUCAGAUCAAUGAUGAUGUAGAGGAGCUAUCAGAUCGUGUAAGUGCUGUAGGUCUGGCUGAAGAUGGGGAUAAAGAUGGACUCGAUUCUGAUUAUGAAGAAGAAAAAUAUAUGAAAGAAGGUUCUGAAAAGGAGUUUUCUAAGCCAAAGGAGAUCAAGUUACGUGAAUAUCAACUUGAAUUGGCAGAGAAAGCUUUGACUGGUAAAAACACUGUGAUAUGUGCUGAUACUGGUUCUGGUAAAACAUGGGUGGCUCUGCAUAUAGUACAGGAACAUCUAAAUAGUAAAGAAUCACCAAAAGUUGCAUUUAUGGCCAGAACAAACCCAUUGGUACAACAGCAGUAUACAUUAUUUAAAAAUUUUCUUGGUGAGAAAAAGGUAUAUAUUAUAAACAAAGAUGAGAAGUCAAAUGUUCCAUUGAAGAAACUGAUGGAAUUUUCUGAUGUAUUUUUCUUCACACCACAAAUUCUUAUUAACAACAUAGAAAAAGGAGAGACAAGAAUACCAGAGUUCACACUGUUGAUCUUAGAUGAGUGUCAUCACACAGCUAAAGGGGAACCCUACAACAACUUAAUGAGAAAAUAUAUAAAAACCAAACAUAAUAAUAAAGAUAUUCCUCUACCACAGAUUGUUGGAUUGACAGCAUCUAUAGGAGUUGGUCCAGCUACCACAGAAGAUGGUGCUAUAGCACACAUGAUCAAGAUCUUCAGUAACCUAGAUGUGCAUGAAAUCUCCACUGUGGAGGCAAAUAAAGAAGAGAUGAAGAAAUUUGUGGCUAUUCCCACUGAAGAACAUGUAAAAAUGGAAGUGUGUUAUGAAGACCCUUGUAAAAAAAUCAUUGAAGGAGAAAUGAAAAAAGUAGAGACAAUAUAUGAAGAAACUAUGAAAGGAAAAGAAGUUUCGAACAGCCGUCAAAAUUUGCCAGGGGGAGAAUACCUUUCAAAGACUUACCUAGGAUCAAUCAUUAAACUGAAGAAUCAGAUCAUGUGUGACACAACACUGCCACAGGACAGUGGAAGAAAAAUGAUAUGUUGUCUUACCCACCUUGGUAUACUCCAUGAAGCCCUAGAUAUAAAUUAUCUGAUGAAUGUUGAACAUGUUGUCCAGUUUCUGAAUAAAAAAUACGUCGAGGAGAGUCAACAGCCAGAUAAACUGAUACCGAUAGAGAGAAAACUGCUCAAGUUUGAAAAAGAGCUUAUAAAGACAUUUGAAAAUCAGAAAAGUAUCAAACCAAAUCCAAACCUACGUCUUAUCGAGGAAAAACUUCAAGAACUCUACAGUGAAUCUGGUAAAGAUUCACUUGGUAUGAUAUUUGUACAGACGAGGGCAACUGCAAAGUCCCUAGCAGAAUACCUUAAUGAUAAACUACAGGGAAUAGAUAUACCUGUCAAACCAUUUAUAGGCUCCAAAUCUUCUGAAACAAGUGAUGGCCUGUCUGAAACUGAGAAGAAGGAGUUAUUAGAAGAUUUUAGAAGCCACAAAGUAAAGCUGUUGGUUGCCACUUCAGUUGGAAGUGAGGGCAUUGAUGUACCAGAGUGUAAUAUUGUUAUGAAGUAUAAUUACUCAGGAAAUGAAAUCAACAUUAUACAGAUGAGAGGUCGUACGAGGAAAGCAGGAGGUCAGGCUAUUUAUAUAAGCGAUCAAUCUGUUCUUAGACGGGAUCUUGUCAGUAUGGAGAAAGCUGCUGUAAUGCAUAGAGCACUUGAUGAAUUAAAACAGAAGGGAAAAGAAGAAAUAAGGAAAAUGAUAUUAACAGAGCAAAAGAAUGACUUACAACACCAGGAAGAGCAAGAAAGAAAACUGAGAGAAUUACAAAAUCAGAAAAAGAGAGGCUUCUUCAAACUUGUAUGUGCAACAUGUAAAGAGACUGAGAUUAACGGAGACAACAUUAAACUUUAUAAACAAAAUCAUCAUGUGGCUGCUGAGAGGGAAUUUUUAGAUAAGGUUAAAAAGGAGGAUAUUAAAGAAGAAAAAAUAAAUCAGAUGAUUAGAAAAUCCAUUAUUUAUUGUAAAAAAUGCCCACAAAAGUUGGGGAAAAUAUUUUUAAUACACGAUUUAGAAGUGCCUCUUUUAAAGAUUGAUGCAUUUUUAUGUAAGGAAGGUGAUAAACUAAGAAAGUACAAAAACUGGAAAUUUGUUCCAUAUAUUAUUGAUGAAAUUAAUCACAAAGAUUUGGAAAUAAUUUUCCCAAAGUUGACAACACCAGAAGUGUCAUAGCUUUACAUAAUACAAUUUGUGCAUGUUUACAUUUUUAAGAUGCUCCAAGCAAAAACUUAUCAUCAUUUAGCGAUCAGCCCUUAUGGUUUUGGUGGAAGCCACCCAGUAUAGGUUUUUAAAAAAAUACUAGAAUAUCUGGCCCAGUUAGUGUUAUUGAUUGCUUUGAAUCAAAUAUAUGAUUUAAAGGAAAUAAAAAAGAGUGAUAAUGUACAAAUUAGAUUUGAUUUUUAGCACCCAUUAUUCUCAUUUUUUUCUCAUAACAUCAUUUUUGUAAAAAUAAUCAUUCCAAAGAUUUCAUUGUACUGUUACAUGUUCAUUAGUUUUAUUCUAUGCAUAUUUUCAUCUUUAGCAGCAAUAAAGAAUUAUAUCAAUAUCAUGAAUCAUUAAAUGUAUUAGAUUGAUGUUGUAAUGUAGAAGAAUAGUUUUGUUAUGUCACAAAGUGA